AUGGACCAAGGUCGUUUACGGUCACAGCAACAAGAAGCAGAACGUCUAGCACGUGAGCUCAUGGACGUAAAGAUUGAAGCGGCACAUUUACGUGAAAGAUUAAGAAUGAGAGUAGGUGGUGAUACAACAGCAGUAGAGCUUGAAGCUGAGACCUUUGCACUUCAGACGGCAUUAAAUGAGGCACAGGAGAUACUGAAAGAACGUCAAGUGGCGCUUGAGACGGUUAAGAUGAAGUAUGAACAAGCAAUGCGUGGAAUGAUACGAUUAGAUGAAGCAUGGAAUAGUAGUAGAAAAGAGAUUGUAGCAGUACAAGAAGCACGAGGUGUCAUGGAGCAAGAGCUGAACGACGAGAAGCGACGGAAUAAUGCGCUACAAAAUGAAGUAAAAGCUGGAAUUGAUCGUGAAAUGAUAUUAAAUACUCGAGUGGAGGAGUUGAGACAGGAGAAGGAAGAAAUUGAGAAAGUGAGAGAGAAGGAGAAGGAGGAAAUGAAGCAGCGAGAGAAAGAGAUUCAGGAGUUGAGAGUGCAGCUUGAGAUUACACGACAAAAAUUUGAUACGCAAAUGAAGCAACAGGAAGGAGCAACACGAGAAGAUGUACGAAAAUUACAGGAGCAGUUACAACAAAAUCGAGAAGAGGCAGCAGCAGUGAGAGGAGAAUUUUUUGCGAGACAAGAAGAAGCGAUCAAAAUACAAGCAGAGCUUCGUGAUACGAAAGCAGCAGAGGUUGCAACGAAGCAAAGACUUAUCAAAUUGACGGAAGAAUGUGCAGCGCUUCGUGUACAUUUAGAGUCGGCAAAGGGGGUGGCAGUGGAAAGUACGCAGAAAGCGAUUCAGCUAGAGACGGAGAAUGACAGCAUGAGGAAGGAGCUGGAGGAGCGAGAUGACGUGCUAGCGGAGAAAAAAAAGAAUAUGCGUACGUUGGAAGAGGAACUCGUUCAAAUGCAGAAAAUGAUGGAAGUGGAGUUGAGUAAGAAAAAGAAGGCAGCGGAGGAAAUGCAGCAGCGAUUGAUGAUGGAGUCUCAGGAAAUGCUACAAGCGCAGGAAGAAACGUGGAGCUGUCGAGAGAAAAGCUUGCAGCAAGAAAUUGAGCAUUACAAGCAGGAGCUGAUCUGUGUGCAAGCGUUGCACGUCGAGUUGGCGCAGCUACUGCAGAAACAGAACGGUGAUUGCACAACAGUAGAGCAGCUGCAAAGCAUUAAGCCAGCUCUGCUCAAGGCGCUCGUUGUGCAGGAAAUUAACAAGCGCGACGUCCUCACAUCAACAGUAGAGCAAAUGAAGAUACAACUUGGAACAGCAAAACGGCAGCUCGGUUCACUGAAGCAACUGGAGACAAAGCAUGUAAAACUCCGCAACGAGUAUGAAAAGGCAAAGCUAGCUAUGGAGCGCAUGGCAACACGAAAGGCAAAAAGUGUUGCUUCGAUUGCUUCAUUACCAGUCCAGCCAGCUGGCCAUGGUAGCAGCAGCUCUUCAGAGAAGAGCGCCGGUAAGGAAAAUAGACCGGGAGAGGACGGGGAUGUAGCACCGAUGGUGAAGCGGAAGCUUCAGCCAAGCGAAACAGACACACCUGCGUUCAAAACAACACCUCAAAAGGGGAAAGCCCAGCGCACAAAACACGUGUAUGUAGCUUCUCGGUAUCUGGGCAGUGCAUCAAAACGCUGA